AUGGCGUCGUUCAUAUGGAGACUUUCCGGGUCGCAAACCGUCAAAGAAGAACAAUGGCGGAAACUUAUGGCAAAACGUCAACCCAGCCUGGCAGGUGCUCUUAAUGAUACUAUAUUUUGGUGGUUCUGGAUAGGUGGUCUGUACAAAGGAUUAGCAGAUGCGGGAACAAUAUGUAGCCCAUUACUAGUGAAGGCCUUAAUUAAUUUCGCAUCGCAAUCCUACGCCGCACACUCGGAAGGAACAGCUGCCCCCUCUAUUGGGAAAGGGCUUGGGCUCGCGUUUGGACUUCUCGCACUCCAGUGGUUGAUCAUGCUCCUCAAUGUUCACGCUUUCCAUCGUUCCUUCACUACAGGAGUCCUCCUACGCACUGCCUUGAUAACUUCAGUGUUCUCUAGGGCGCUUUCAUUGACAUCUCGUGCUCGAACGAUGGGUGGAAUGACGGCGGGCAAAUUUGUUGGCCUCAUAAGUACGGACGUCUCGCGAAUUGACUAUUGCGCUGGCUAUUUCCACAUGGCCUGGACCGCUCCCCCGCUUCAGGGCAAGGUGACCCAACGUCUAUUCUUACUACGAAAACGAAGUAUGGUAUGGACAGAAAAACGUAUCAAAGCGCUACACGAGAUCUUAGGAGCUAUGCGUAUCAUCAAAUUAUUCGCUUGGGAAUUGCCAUUUAUGGAUCGUAUCGGAGAGUAUCGCAGGUCUGAGAUGUCCUAUCUUCGCUCUCGACUUACCUUACGCUCAUUUAACAAUGCGUUUGCCUUCUCCUUGCCGACCCUUGCAAGUGUCGUUUCAUUCGUUAUCUAUUCAGCAAGCGGCCAUACACUUGAGCCUGGCAUUAUCUUCUCCUCAUUGUCCCUAUUUGUGCUCCUAAGAACCCCUAUGACCUUCCUACCCGUCGCUCUCAAUGCCAUUACGGAUGCUUCUGCAGCGGUUCAGAGGCUUCAGCCGAUUUUUAUGGCUGAGACUCGAUCCGAGAGCUUGCCAGUUGAACCAGACUUACCAGUUGCUAUCAAGCGCACCCAAGAAGCGGCCGGAACCCCUCAGAGGAAUCUUUUAGGAAGACUGAGGGGGCGGUUCGGCGCGAAACCAACGGCAGCUCCUGUGUCGACCAGUGAGAAGCCCAACACCACCCCAGUCAAGGAGCCUUUCAAAAUGAAUAAUAUCAAUCUGGAGAUACCAAGGGGACAGUUGUGCGCUAUCGUUGGGCCCGUGGGCUCUGGAAAGUCGAGUAUGCUGCAAGGGCUCAUUGGAGAAAUGCGCAAGACUGGUGGUGAAAUCCGAUUUGGCGGUACCGUUGGAUACUGCCCCCAGACUGCGUGGAUUCAGAGUAUUUCCAUUAGAGACAACAUUACAUUCGGUCAACCCUACGACGAGAAAAAGUACCAAGAUAUAGUUCAACGAGUUUGUUUGCAACCCGAUUUUGAUAUGUUACCACACGGCGACCUAACGGAAGUUGGCGAGAAGGUUUACAAAGCCUAUUUUGCUGCCGCAAACAUCCAGGCUGUAUUCCCGCUGCUGUUCCUAGCCAUAUUAUUAUUCCAAGGUGCAAGUGUAUUGAGUCCAUAUUGGCUUGUUUUUUGGCAAGAAAACCGAUUCCCAAUCAAACAAGGUGUCUAUAUGGCAAUAUAUGCGAUACUAGGCUUCGCGCAGGCUUUUGGGUUAUUUUGUAUGGGUGGCGUCUUUGCGAUUCUUACAUUCUACGCUUCUCAAUCACUGCAUAGAGACGCGCUCGACCGUAUUUUACAUGCACCAAUCUCAUUCUUUGAUACAACUCCCCUCGGCCGAAUUAUGAACCGGUUUAGUAAAGAUGUCGACACCAUUGAUAAUGUCAUCGGUGACGCCUGUCGCAUGUUCAUAGGAACACUUGUACAGAUUAUUGGCGCAGUCGUUCUUAUCUCGGUAGUACAGCCCUGGUUCUUAUUGGCUGUGGCUAUUGUCCUACUGGCUUACUACUGGAUAGCACUGUACUAUCGUGCUAGUGCACGAGAAGUUAAGCGCCUUGAUGCGGUCCUAAGGUCCUCUUUGUAUGCUCAUUUUGGCGAAGCAAUUGGCGGAAUCUCAACGAUUCAUGCAUACCAAGUCUCCAGUCAGUUCAAGCUCGAGAAUGAACGCAGGAUGGACUUGGAGAAUAGAUUCACUAUCUCGCCUGCACAGACCGGUGUAGUUGUCUCAUACAUGCUUACUAUCCAGGCUAGUUUUGGUUGGGCAGUACGCCAGUCGGCUGAAGUGGAAAACAAUAUGAAUGGCGUGGAAAGGAUUGUUUAUUAUGCCAGAGAAGUGGAGCAAGAAGCAUCCCAUGACUCUAACCCCAGCGAACCAGGCUCCUCCGCAUGGCCCAUAACCGGGCAAAUUGAAUUACGAGAUGCGAUUGUUCGCUAUCGUCCAGAGCUCCCACCUGUUCUAAAUGGGUUGUCUCUCAGCGUACGAGGCGGCGAGCAUGUGGGAAUUGUUGGCCGAACCGGAGCCGGGAAAAGCACGGUCACCCAAGCACUAUUUCGGAUGAUGGAGCUAAGCUCCGGAGCCAUAUUGAUUGAUGGUGUUGACAUUAGUAAACUUGGAUUGCGGAAGUUACGAAGCGCCCUCACUAUUAUACCUCAGGAUCCUCUUCUUUUUAGUGGCACGUUACGGUACAACCUUGAUCCUUUUUCGACGUAUGAUGAUGCUCGUCUCUGGGACGCUCUGAAGCGCGCACACCUUGUGGAACCGUCGAAAUCGAACUCCAGCAUCGAAAAGACAUCCGAAAAUGACUUGUAUUCUGGCCGGUUUACUCUUGAUAUGGAGAUUCAGGAUGAAGGAUCAAAUCUAUCGGUGGGCGAGCGAUCUUUGGUUAGCCUGGCUCGUGCCCUCGUCAGGGAUACUAGAUUGUUCUCAUGGAUGAAGCCACGGCGUCUGUUGACUACAAGACGGACAGGAACAUCCAGUUGA